AUGUCGAUUAUGCUGUCCCUGAAACGCCGACGCGAGGUUGUCCAAUGUCUGCUCAGUCCACAUGCCGGUGAUUCGGAUCUGUCAACUGAUAUGCAGCCGUCAAGCCCCAAGAGGAACGGUGCGCGUGCGCGCUACGGGUUCUGUUUGAGUCGGGGAACUGUGGCUGCGCGCAUACAUGAGGAGGAAAGACAUGUGGACCGCCGUCGUUCGUCGCUCGGCUGGCAUGGGACGUCGCGCGAGCUUGCCGAGCUCGAAGAUUGGACGGGUGCUAAUGACCUGCCAAUGGAGAUCGCUCAUCGCUCAUCGACAUCGGUCCCGUCGCCGUUCGGUAUCAAAAUUCAAGUUUUGAGGCUUUCUAUGCAUCGAGAGUCAUACGACUGGCAGGCGACAACGCGAGAGGACAUCGGUACCAGUGUGACGCGAUUGUCAGAUUUAGAGUUAUGCAGUGAAGAGAGACGAACGGGAGAAGUUACUCGGCUUGAGGCAUCACAUCGGGAACAAGAUGUUGAAAAGGGCAGGUGUCAAGAAUGUCCUUCUCAAAUGAAAUCUCACACGGUCUCCAUCGGGCGGUCUCGGUUGGACUCAUGCCAGGCGGCGAGGCUCUUGUCCGUCGUACAACGGAUCGCUGGUUCAAGACCCUCUACGGAUGACAUGCGCUUAGACGAACAGAGUCAUCUGUCCAUGCUCCUUUCCAUCAAUCAUUUCCCUCACAUGCUCGUAGCUAACUUGGAAGGCAUCAAGGAAAAAGGCCGAUAUCAGUGGCCAAGGCGAUCCGGCUUUGCGCAAUGCAAGGAUGCCUCGCACAUCACCAAACGUAGUGCCACCAAGUCACCAGUGAGAGCAUGCACCGUCAAAGAUGCUCGCUGUCUCCG